GUAAAAGAAGAGGCUGCCAUAUUGCGGUGAUACAGCGACUUUACUGAAUCUGAAACACCGUUAGCUUCCUACAGUCACAAUGCUUUCUUCUCAAACGUUUGGCGACCCUGGGAAAAUGAAAGAUUAUCAUUAUACUGGUCCAGUAGAGCACCGGUUCUCACCGUACGCUUUCAACGGAGGGACCGUACUAGCUGUUGCUGGGGAAGACUUCGCCAUUGUAGCUUCAGACACCAGGCUGAGUGAAGGCUACUCCAUCCACAGCCGCGACUCUCCAAAAUGCUACAAACUGACAGACACAACCGUCAUUGGCUGCAGCGGUUUCCAUGGCGACUGCUUGACUCUGACCAAAAUCAUUGAUGCCAGACUAAAGAUGUACAAACACUCAAAUAAUAAGACGAUGACCUGUGGUGCCAUCGCAGCCAUGUUGUCCACCAUCCUGUACGGCAGGAGGUUUUUUCCCUACUACGUCUACAACAUCAUCGGAGGUCUGGAUGAAGAGGGCAAGGGAGCAGUGUACAGUUUUGACCCCGUGGGCUCCUACCAGAGAGACACCUACAAGGCUGGAGGAUCAGCAAGUGCCAUGCUACAGCCGCUGCUGGACAACCAGAUUGGAUUCAAGAACAUGGAGGGUGUCCAGCACGUCCCUCUGACUCAGGACAAAGCGGUUCAGCUGGUCAAGGAUGUCUUCAUCUCGGCCGCAGAGAGAGAUGUCUACACCGGGGACGCUCUUCGGGUCUGCAUCAUCACUAAAGAGGGCAUCAGUGAGCAGACUAUACCUCUGAGGAAGGACUGAGGAGGAUGUUCCUCUCUCUGCUUUUCUCUUUGGUCUGUUCUUUCCACACUCACCUGUUGGUUUUGGCCCCUUUACAGGAAGUUUCUUAAAAUAGGAGUGUUGUUCCAGAAACUGUUUCUAUUGGCCUUUUCAGCCAGGUUCAAUCUUGGAAGCGGAUUUUCCUUUUUUUUAAUGUCCUCUUACAAUUUACAUAUUUUUUUUCUGCUGCUUUCCACAGUUAUCAACUUCAGUCUCUGUUAUUAUUACAUCCUCGUAUUUGUGGUCUAGUAACCUGAUUCUAGAUCAGCACUCCUGUUCUUGAGAAGCCAGAAACUCUCUCUUCACUCAUUCAACCUGCCUAGACUCUUCCUCUGUUUGAGAUGCAUUAUGUUUCUGAAGGAUACAUACUCUGCUGUUAUUUUUACAUUCUUAAUAAAUAUAAAGAAUUGGAA